AUGGAGUCCGUCUAUGGAGUUCCCCAGCAAGCGAUCUAUCCUUCGACAUGGCAAAGCGCGGCAGACGAGACCAAUUCCACCCUCGACGGUGGUUUAAUGCAGAGGGAACUAUGGCGGUAUAGAACGCAGAAGCUCUCGGCUCUGAUAGCUGUGGGUAAUCUCCAUCUGGUCGUCUUAUUCGCUUCGGGGAUUAUGGGUGUCAUUUCCUUCCUGCUCCGGUAUGUUUCCGGGUUUCGCAGAUCAAAGUACCGGCUUCAUCCGGAGCCCGGAAAUGGUGACCACCACGGGUCUGAGAUCCUGGUCUCGCUGCCUUAUGCGGUGGCGCAUCUGGUCGCGUGCAUUGCGGCUUGCGUUCUGAGCUGGGCGGAACUGCAAGAUGGGGCGAGUUGGAAGCGAGCGCUUCUGCUGAGUUAUCUGGUCGUAUUGGGCGUGGUUCGCAUCGCAUGCAGGAAGAAGAACCGGGACUCUCGCACCCAAUUGUAUGUUCAUGUGAACUUGAUCGCGCUGGCGGCUCUAGGGCUGGGCAUUGUGCAAGAUGUCCUCCCGAUGACUAUUGUCGGCGCGACGUAUCGUCCGAGACCGACCGCGGCGGCGUUGUUGGGUUGUUUGGCGGCUGUGGUGGCUAUUGCGCUGGCUACGCCGCGACCGCGUCGGUCCUCUUCUGCCUUCCUCCCCGACUCGGAGACCGGGGAGCAGCUGUGGACGAACGACGAGAAGUCUCCGGAGGAAACGUGCUCUCUCUUCUCUUACUACUGCUCAUACGAAUGGAUCACGUAUGUGAUUCUGCGGGGAUGCCGAAAGGAUCUAACGAUGGAUGAUCUGCCGCCGUUGCCGUCGUAUGACGAGCCCUCGAAAUGGCUGAAGAAGAUCAAGAAGCAGCGAUUGAAAGGCGGGAAGACGUUCCGCACGCUGUGCCGGUUGCUCAAGACAGAGAUCAAGACUAUGAUGUGCUGGUCGGCAACGACGGCGGUGGUGGAGUUCGUCGCGCCGUAUGCCAUGUUGCGGUUACUGGCGUACUUUGAAGAUGAUGAGUCGGCCAUCGUGCAUCCUGCGGUUUGGAUCAGUUUGCUGUUUGUCGGCCCCGUGAUGCGUUCGCUCUGCUACCAGCAGUAUAUCUUUACGGCUACUCGAUUGCUGGUCCGGGUUAAUGUCUCCCUGGUCCAAGAGAUAUAUCAGACUGCGAUGCGGUCGUAUAUCUACGAUGAUUCGGUGGAUGUGUCGAAUUCGGACAAGAAUGUCAAGUCGCCGCGGAAGGCGGCAGAUACGUCCAAGGGGGCCUCGAAGUCCAGUCAGGCCAAUUUGACUACUUUGAUGUCGUAUGAUGUCGAUGCAAUCUACAACUCGCGGGAUAUCUUCCACGUUUCGACAUCUGCACCGAUAUCGAUCACGAUUGCGCUUGUCUUUCUCUAUCGGAUCAUCGGGUGGCCUUCGUUGCUUGGUGUCUUGACUAUGUUGAUCUUGACUCCCCUCCCUGCAUUGGCUUCUCGCAAGGUGUCGAAGAUUCAACGGUCGGUUAUGCAAGCGACGGAUGUGCGUCUGUUUAAAAUCUCCGAGUUCCUGAAUUCCAUACGCACGUUGAAGUAUUUCGGAUGGGAGAAUGCGGCCAUGGAUUCGAUCAACGGAGUCCGAGGUGUGGAGCAACGUCGCCUCUGGAGGCGGAGUGUCUUCGCUGCGGCCAUCUCGAUGGCUGGGGAUCUUUUGCCGAUGAUGAGCUUACUAGUGAUGUUCUCGACUGUGGUGCUGUUCACUGACCUUCCUCUGCGAGCGCCAAUCGCAUUCACCUCCUUGUCCAUUAUGGAAACGCUGAGGUCUCAGUUUGUGUGGCUAUCCAACGUCAGCCGAUACACUGCUCAGGGCGCGGAGUCUCUGCGGCGUGUGGACCGAUUCUUUGACACUGCAGGCGAGAUCAAACGACACCCUGAUGGACCGCUAGAGCUCAAGCAGGCGACCUUCAAGCGUACGCCCAUUGCUGUAUUCAGGCUACAGGAUGUGUCCGUCCACUUCAGACCUCGGGCCCUCAAUGUCGUGACAGGACCCACGGGGAGCGGCAAAACGUCGUUGCUUUUGUCGUUACUGGGAGAAACUGUUCUGGAAUCUGGAGCUGCGUUCUGCCCUCGCGACGUGGCAUAUGUGCCUCAAGCACCCUGGCUGCAGAAUGAUACAGUUCGCCAGAACAUCCUUUUCUAUAGCGCAUUCGACGAGGUGCGUUAUAGCAUCGUUGUCGAGGCCAGUGGGCUGGCCCAGGAUCUUCGCCAGCUCCCAGCUGGUGAUCUCACCGUGGUUGGCGAGAGAGGAACCUCGCUGUCAGGAGGUCAGAAACAACGGGUGUCUCUUGCGCGAGCCUUGUAUUCUCGCUCCAGCACGCUUCUUCUCGACGACAUAUUCUCUGCUCUUGACACGCAUACGACUACGCUUGUCUAUGAUAAGUGUUUCCGCUCCGGGUUGCUCUCAGAUAGGACCGUGGUGCUUGUUACGCGCUAUCCGGCCGCUCUUCAGGAUGCGCAGUUGAUAGUGCGCUUGGAGCAUGGGAAGGCGGUUUCUGUCAAGUCACCUACCAGCGUUCAACCGUCUUCGCUGCCGACGCCGUGCAGCACUCCUACGCUAGGAACAGGAACAUCGACACCACUCAAUGAGCCGCAGCGGGUGGAGACGGAAGAUAUUCCGUCGGAGCCCAUGACCAAUAUCGCGCCAGUAGUGGUUCAAGAUCCACAAUCCGUGACACAGGACCGGCGCUUGGCUAAGGAGACGACUGCUACUGGACGGGUUCCUCGCACAAUGUUCUUUCGGUAUAUGAUGUUGUUUGGUGGACCAUUGUACGCACCGCUGGCAAUUCUUGUCACUAUCACUGUGCAGCUGGCCUACUUUGGUAUCACUUAUUGGCUGUCUAUUUGGACCGGCACUUACGAAGAAGAGGAGCACCCAAAUUCCAUGUUCUAUUUGGCCGUCUAUGCUAUCUCGAUCAUUACCUUUCUCUUACUGCAGCUAACUAAUAACCUGGUAUAUCAGUAUGGAAGCUGGGUUGCUGCUAAGAAGAUGCAUCAACGACUAGUGACCGCAGUCCUUUCUGCGCCGAUUACCUGGUUCGAUGAGAACCCGAUCGGACGUGCAAUUAAUCGGUUCGGAAAUGAUACGCGAUCCAUGGAUACGGUACUUAUUGAUUGGUUACGAAUGUCGAUCGAAAAUGGGCUACGCUUUCUGCUGCGGAUCGCUAGCGUUGCAUCCAUUAUGCCUAUCUUUGCCCUGCCGGCCGCCGUCAUCUGCACGGCUGGGUUCGUGAUUGGGGAGAUGUACACUCGCGCACAGGUCUCCAUAAAGCGCCUCGUUUCGAUCAAUUAUUCUCCUGUCUUCUCCCAUUUUACUGAUUCUCUCGCCGGAUUGAGCGUGAUCCGUGCUCGGCAAGGAAUGGACGAGGUCUUCCAGCGUCUGCUGGCCGAAAGACUGGCCGUUCAUGCUCGCUCCGCCGAAACGCAAUAUAACUGCAACCGCUGGGUCUCGGUCCGCUCCGAUUUCUGCGCCGCCUCGGUGGCCGCCGCUGCAGGAUGCGUGGCCUACUUCUGGUCAGGAUCUGCUGGGCUGGUGGGAUUUUCAUUGACCAACGCUAUCGGUCUCAGCCAAACCAUCCUAACACUCGUACGAUCGAUGAACGAGCUCGAAGUCGAGCUCAACUCCUUCCAACGCAUGGGCGAAUACGCCGCGAUCAAACCGGAAGAACACCUCACGGACAAGCAGGCCCUCUCCCACGUCGUUCCCGCCAGCUGGCCGGUUUCCGGCCGGGUGGAAUUCCACAACGUCACGGCGCGCUAUCACCGCGAUGGACCGGACGUCCUGCGCAACGUCUCCUUCGUCGCUAACCCCGGUGAACGAGUCGGCAUCGUCGGCCGCACCGGCAGCGGCAAAAGCACCCUCGGCCUCUCUUUGCUACGCUUCGUCGACCUCGCUCAGGGCAAAAUCACCAUCGACGGCGUCGACAUCAGCUCCAUUAUUCUCAACCGCCUUCGCACCAGCGUCACACUCAUUCCGCAGGAACCUGUCCUCUUCUCCGGAGACGUUCAAUCUAACCUUGACCCCUUCGGCGACUCCAGCGACACAGAACUCCAAUCAGCCCUGGCCGCGUGUACCUCCUCAAUCCACGUCACGGAAACCACCCACAAGGACGACGACGAUGACGACGACCCAUCCAACCCAUCCAACACCCACAAAUCCACUACGACAUCCACCCGUCCCCUAACACUCUCUACACCCGUAGCAGCCAACGGCGAAAACUUCAGCCAAGGCCAACGACAAGUACUCAGUCUCGCGCGGGCCAUGUGCCGGCGAUCGAAAGUCGUGUUGCUCGACGAGGCGACGGCGUCCGUAGACCACGAGACAGACAUGCACAUGCAGCGUGUCCUGAGGGCGAUGUUUCCGGAGUGUACGAUCAUCGCUAUUGCGCACCGACUGCGCACUAUUAUGGACUAUGAUCGCGUGUUGGUUAUGAGUGAGGGGGAGAUCGUUGAAAAUGACUCUCCCGCUGAGUUGGUUAUAAAACAGGGUAUCUUUUGGGAUAUGUUGCGCAAUACGGGUGAGUAUGAGGAGUUGAUUCAGAUGAUCGACUCCGCUUCAGAAUGA